CCAAACUCCUCCAGUCCCCCUCUCUUCUUCAUCUCCUUCUUCUGCUACUGAUCUGCAAAUCCUUUCUCUCAUCAAGUUAGGGUUUCAAUGGAGAACUUCAAAAAUCUUCCAUCAGAUAUCAUAUUUGACAUUCUGAGUCGUUUACCAGCCGAAUCUCUUCUGGAAUGCAAAUUAGUCUGUAAACCCUGGAAAUAUCUUGUUCAGCAUCCAUCUUUGUCUCGAAUCCAUCUUGAUUAUGCUGGUAAGUCAAGUUUCAUCUUUUUAAGUCGUCGACUAGGGUUUAACGAACUUUUUUAUAGCGAGUAUGAUGAGAAUUGUCACGAGGCACCGUUUCAUGGAUAUAAACAGAUGAAUUUAAAACCUCCAUCUGAGGAAUAUUCUUUAAUCGGUUCAUGCAAUGGUUUAGUUUGCUUCAGAGGAUGGGAUAUGCACGAAACAUGGGUUAUAUUGAAUUGUGGACCUUAUAUCUGUAACCCGAUCACUAGAGAAUGUAUUAUGCUUCCAACAUCUAAAGGGGAAAAGGACUGGUGGGUUGGAUUUGGUUAUGUUAUUUCUACAGAUGAGUACAAGGUUGUUCGGAUAUCUGAGUCUGCUGGAAGUGAAUCGAAAGUUGGCAUUGUUCAAGUUUACACUCUUGGCAGUGGAGAUGGAUGGAGAAAUGUGGGAACAAUCGACAUCAAUAUGCGUCGUAUGUCACAAUAUGCUGGUGCAUUUGCAAAUGGAGCUAUUCAUUGGGUGAGCAAGGAUGUAAGCGUUGUUCUGGCUUUCAAUUUGGCUGAUGAGAACUUUAGCCGACUUCCACCACCACCACCACCACCUUAUUUGUCACCAGAUGAUGAUGAUCCAUGUUUUAAUAUUGUACUAGGGGUUUUAGGUGAUUCUGUAAGUGCUACUUAUUCUCACAAAGGCGAUGAUUGCGACGUAUGGUUACUGAAGAAGAGUAGAGAUAAUAAUGACUUCAGCUGGAAUAAGGAGUUCACUUAUUUCAACAGUUACGCAUCACCACCAUUUGAAUUUACGAAGAGUGGUAGACUUCUGUGUUGUGGGCAUAACAGAAUUUAUCGUCACCAUCCUAAAGCUUCAUCUGCCGAAAUGGAUGUGAGUUUUGGCAAGCCUGUUUGUGAAGCGAUUCCUCACAAGAAUACUUUAGUUUCAUUGAAAGUACUAGGAGAAAAGGAUACAAAAACAAUGAUGAAUCUGGUGAAAAAGCAAGUUCGAAUGAGCAGACAGAAACCAGUGAUAAACUGAAAGAACAGCGGAACAAAGUAAGAGAUCUCUAGCACCAAUAUCUGAAACUGAUACUGCUUGAUGGAGAGGUACGCACGCACGUUGUACUCCAAAUUUGUCAUGCUUAUUGUCGAUGCAAGGAGGCAGAAUUCUGGAUAGGAGGAGCGAAAAGAGAAUUUUCUGUUAUAUGUAAUAUGACCUCUGAAACGUCAUGGCAGUAGUGAUUGAUGUGGCAGUGGAUUUUUGUAGAUUUCCUUUUAUUAUCUGGAUAUGUUUUUGGCUUUUGUUGGUGAACCUUACAAAACCGUUCUGUAGACUACCUUACUGUUAUCUUGGUCCAUUUGCUCAGUACGAGAGGCAAUGCAAUAUCUUGUCAUCAAGGGCUAGUUG